CUCGCACCGCACUUGCCACUGCAGCUAGCUUUGCAUAGCUUGCUAGAUUGCUAUCUAAGCUAUCGUGUCGAGCUGAUUAAGCGAGGAUUUGAUUGGUGUGUACGUCGAGCUCGGCAUGUCGACGUCGUCCAUGGCGCGGCGGAGUGGCGGCGGCGGCGGUGGAGGUGGGAGGCAGUUCCCGGUGGGGCGGCGGCGCCACGUGCCGGUGGUUGACUCCGGGUGCGGGUGCCGCCCGCGGAGGCCGAGGCUGCUCAGCCUGGCGUCCUUCGUCGUCUGGCCGUCGUCGGCCGCGUCGUGCAAGAAGGCGGCAGCGAAGGUGCCGGCGGGGAGAGGAGGUGGUGGUGGUUGGUCACCUUACUACUUCCGGUCGUCGUCCUCCGCCGCGUCGUUCUCCUCCUCCUCGGCCGCCACCACCUACAGCACCGGCUACUCCUCCGCGAGCUACUUCUCCUCCUCCCGCGGUCGCGGCGGCGGCGGCGCCAAGAAAGCGGAGGACGGAAAAGAGACGUACCUUGCGCCGCCGCACAAGGUCAAGGCGACGACGGCGGCGGCACCGCCGGGGAGCAAGAGGACGCAGCACAGCACGAAGAAGCAGAAGGCCGGCAAGCGUGCGGCGGCGGAGGACGACGGCGGCGGCGUGGGCGUGGGCGUGGCGGUGGAGAAGGAGUCAUCGGACCCGCGAGCCGACUUCCGGGAGAGCAUGGUGCAGAUGGUGGUGGAGAUGGGGCUGUGCCACUGGGACGACCUCCGCAGCAUGCUCCGCCGCCUGCUCGCCCUCAACGCGCCCGCCCACCACGCCGCCAUCCUCACCGCCUUCGCCGAGGUCUGCGCCCAGCUCGCCGCCCCCUCCCCUCCUCCUCCGCCGCCGGCGUACGGCCAUCCCCGCCGCUAGGCGAUUGCAUCCAAUGCCACGUACCUCGGUGAAGUUACCGGGGAGGCGGUGACACGAUCCCUCCAGGUUCCAACGACAAAGUAAAAACCGGUACAAAUGUGUACACCAAAAGCUAUUUAAAAUCCAUGGAAAAUUUGAAGCAAAGUAGAAUGGUACUGCGUAGUACAGGUGCUUGAUUUAAUUUCGAUCUGUACUUCGUGCAGUUCAAGUUAAUUAAUUUAAUUAGUCAUUUAGUGUUGAUUUCUAGUGUGUGUUAAAUCAAUUUCGUUUUUGUUUAGGACGUUGUGUGUGAAUGUGUACGGCCAUGACCUUUGGUUUUGCAUGAAGGUGACCAUGUAUGUAGAGAGAGAUAAUUAAUUAAGCAGCUGGAUUUAGUUAUUGCAAGUAUGUUCUUGGCUAUGUAAUUAAGUAUGUGAUUAAUUAGUGAGGAAUUUAUUAGGAGUGUUGGAUGUGUUUGUGUGUCCAGAUGUGAUCUGUGUGCGCUACUUGUUUCGCCAAGCUCGUGACACGAUCUGUUCUGUGUCAUGGCUGACGUGUCAUCGUGUACGUAGGACACAAACAUGGUAAACGUAUUCUCAGGUCUUCCUAUGUUUGGUUAAUUGGCUCAUUCUUUAUAUAUGUAAGAAGAUUGUUUUAGAAAUGUUUGUCUAUAAAUAAAUACA